AUGGACGAUUCGUUUUACUUUGCCCUACUAAGGGUUUCGGUAGCACAAAUAUUAAAAGCAAAUGGAUUUGAUAAAUGUAAACCAUCAACGUUAAACGUGGUCACAGAUUUGUAUUUACAAGUUUUCCAAAACGCUAUUAAAGAAAGUCUUAAAUGUAGUAAUUUGAGAACAAAAUCUAAUUCACCAGAGAUACAAGAUGUAACACAGGCAUUGAUAAAUACAGGAGUUUUUAAAGUGAAAGAACUGACAAGAAUUCAUGACAAGUAUUUUGAAGAAAGUAAAUAUAAUACAAAGUCUGUUGAGUCGCUUAAAGAAUGGUGUGCCAGAAGUGAACAAUUUGCCAUUGAGAAAAAAUUGAACGAAUUACCCAAUAAUUUAAUUAAAAAUUUAAUAGAAAAAAGAAAAUUGGAUAUUGAUGAUGGGGAAUCGGAUUUGGCUAAACGAAAAAGAAAACAUAAGGAACGACAAGAGUUUUACAAUCAGUUGAAGUUAAAUGAUGAUCAACAACAACGAAAAGUAGAUGAAGAUGAACUAAAUGAGGAUAUAAUAACUGAGAAAGAUAAGUUGAAUUGGUUUAAUUACUUGAUUGAAAAAGAUCUAAAAUUGGGACAUGAUUUGAAAUUCUUGAAUACGGACCCUAUAAUCGUUAAAGAAUUUCUAAAAUACCAGAAUAAUUAUAAAUUCCAUCCCAUCGAUACCAGUGGGAACAAAAAAGAGAAGCAUAAUAAUUGGGACAGGAUACAGAAUCAUUUGAAGCACAUGAACAAGACAGACCAUAUUGUGAGUGAGGUUACAGCCGAAGAAGCCAAUGCCAACGAUAGUGAGAAAGACUUGAUGGCAUCGUUAGAGAAGUUGUCAACAUUAUUACCUUAUAAUUUACAGUAUGAUCAGAAUUUAUUGGAAGAUGAUUUAACGAAAUUUUGCAAGGCUGAGGAGGAACCAGUUUUAUCAUCUGAAGAAGAGGAAGAUGAACAAAUGGUACAAAAUGAAGAAGUGCAACCAGAGAUGAAUAACCUGAUUUUCGCCGAAGAUAAUAAUCCAAACAUGUUAGUUGAUAAUGAGGAGUUGGGUGGUGAGAAUAGUCUAAUUUUUAUGUAA